AUGAACCUGCAUCCCCCACCAGUAUUUCUGCCUUCCCCUGGCAAACCGGCCAUUCCCUGGGAGGAGUGGAUACAACUCUUCACGACUUACAUGGAAGCCUGCGGUGGAACGGGAUAUGCAUCUACACGUAAGAAGUGCAUUUUACUGAACUGUCUUGGAGUGGAGGGACAACGGGUAUUCCGUACUUUACCUGCUACGGCAGUUUCCUCGACCGUUGAUGAGACGGAAGACGUGUAUGCUGCCGCGGUGCAGAGCCUACAACGCUUCUACUUGCCAGCCCUUAAUCGAACGGUCGAACGAUACCGGUUUCGUGCAAGAGCGCAACAUCCAGGUGAAUCGAUUGAUGAGUUUAUUACGGCGCUGCGAACCCUUAGUGCAAACUGCAAGUUCGAGGCCAUGGCUGAAGACAUGAUUUGUGACCAGUUGGUGGAAAAGACAUCGAGUCAGGCUGUCAGGGAUCGCCUUCUACUAGAACCCGACCUGACCUUGGACACUGCUCUGGCAAUUGCAAAGCAAGUGGAGCAAGCGCAAACAGAAUCAGCUCUCCUGGCUACUCAGCAACACCACGCUACCGUCUCAGCUGUAGCUCGCCAUGAGAAGAAAACGUCGAAUGCAUGCUAUAGAUGUGGGUCGACGAAGCACUUGGCAAACAGUCCCAGUUGUCCUGCUAGGAACAAAACUUGCCGGUCAUGUAAGAGAAAAGGACACUUUGAGUCAGUGUGUCGACAGAAGUCCUCGGCACAAGCAACCUCGGUCAAGGAGGUGGACGUAGACGUCUAUACAACAUCGACGUCCACCACAAAGCCAAUUUUCUGUGAAAUACAAGCUGCGGGCGUGCCCUUACGUCUCCUGGUCGACACAGGCUCAGCGGUCUCCCUUUUACCUUCUAACGUCUACCAUGAGAAGUUUUCUCAUCGGCCUCUUCACAAGUCAGGAAUCGUACUUAGAGACUACUCUAAAGCAAUCAUCUCCACGGAAGGGAUAUUCUCUGCUACAGUAUGUUUCGGCGACAGGACUGCCACUUGUACAUUUCAUGUGGUGCGCAAAGGAGCUGCCAUUGCUGGCAUGGAUAUGUUGCGCGCCUUGGACAUCGCCAUUGUACCUGCUCAGCAGCUUUGCCGGAAAGUGUCGGCGACACCCGCAGCACAGGUACCUCCGUGCCUGGCGAAAUACCCUACUCUUUUCUCCGAGGAACUGGGACUGGCGAAGGGUUACAGACACAAAGUAACGAUGAGGACAUCGGUCGAACCAGUACAGCAAAAACUUCGCCGCCUUCCGUUGGAGGUUCGUCAAAAAGUCUCGGAGGAACUGCAGAAGCUGGAGCAGUCGGACAUUAUAGAGCGCAUAGAUGCCUCUGAAUGGGUGUCCCCAAUUGUAGCUGUCUGGAAGAAGACUGGAGAGCUAAGACUAUGCGUGGACCUCAGAAAGCCCAAUACAGCCAUCGUCAUUGAUAGCCACCCCUUGCCUCACAUGGAGGACAUCUUUCAUCACCUUGCUGGCGCUUCGUACUUUUCAAAACUGGACCUCUCUUCCGCCUAUCAUCAGAUGGAGCUUGCAGAAGAAAGUCGAAAUUUAACGGCGUUCAUUACUCACGAGGGCCUCUUUCGCUACAAGCGUGUAUGCUUUGGGUUGGCAUCAGCGGCUGCUGCAUUUCAGAAGAUGUUGGCGAUGGUCCUAAAGGGUCUAAAAGGUGUUAUGCACUACCUUGAUGAUAUCUUGGUAUACGGUGCUACAAUGGAGGAGCACAACCUUAGAUUAGAUAGAGUCCUCUUCGCACUGGAGGCCGCUGGACUGAGGUUGAACAAGAAGAAAUGUGUCUUUGCCACCCGCGAGUUACAGUUUCUGGGACAUUCUUUAUCGCCGGAUGGGUUGAGUCCGCUGCAGGAUACAUUGGAAGCCAUUCGUGAUGCGCCAUCUCCGCAGGAUGUCGUAUCCUUGCGCUCAUUUCUUGGCCUUGCUUCGUACUACCUCAAGUUCGUACCCCACUUCGCCACGGUGGUGGAGCCGCUUCGGCGACUGCUUCGCAAGGAGACACGAUUUCUAUGGACUGAAGAGCAAGAAACCGCAUUCAACAAAGUCAAAUCUCUCAUCCAACAGUGCGUACCGCUGGCUCUCUUCGAUGCUUCGCUUCCUACAAUUGUCACGGCAGAUGCAUCAAAUUUCGGUCUGGGAGCUGUACUGCAGCAGGAGCAUCCUGACGGUCUACGUACCGUCUGCUUCGCCUCAAGGGCUAUGACAGCGACAGAAUACCGGUACUCAACUGGGGAGAAGGAAGCUUUGGCAUGCUUGUGGGCGUGCGAGAAGUGGCACGUAUUACUUUUUGGACGCAAAUUUACACUUUGCACCGACCAUCAAGCCUUGGUCACGCUUUUGUCAACCCAAGGUACUGGACGGCAACCAAUGCGUAUUGCAAGAUGGGCUGCACGUCUCCUUCAGUACAAUUACACCAUCGUAUACAAGAAAGGAGAGCAUAACUUCGUCGCCGACGCCCUGUCACGUCUUCCCCUACCUCACAAGCUGGCUACAACCGGAGAUGAAGAUGAAGAUGAGUUAGUGUGCUAUGUUCAGCAGGCGCUAUCCUGCAUCACCAUGCAGGAGCUGCUGCAGGCUAUGGACGAUGACGUCGUACUCCGUCAGGUUUUAAGUUGUUUGGAACAUGACCCUCAACUGGACAAGCAGCAGCAAGAGCAACUUUCUCCAUAUCUCAAACUUCGCGACGAGAUCACUUCGGUGGGAGGUAUCGUACUCAGAGGGUCAAGGAUAAUCCCUCCUUCCUCGCUGAGGAAACGAAUUGUCGACAUCGCUCAUGAGUCACAUUCGGGAAUCGUCCGGACGAAGCAACGUAUACGUGAGCGUUAUUGGUGGCCUCGUAUGGACGCUGAAAUUGAGACUUAUGUACGAGACUGUUACAUAUGUCGUGAAGCGGACAAGACUGCGGUGACGCACAAAGCACCUCUACAGCCAGUACCUUUCCCUUGCGGUCCGUGGAAGCAGUUGGGGAUAGAUAUCGUAGGUCCAUUCGGCAACCUUCCAGCACGCUGCCGUUUCGCUAUCACAGCUGUGGAUUAUUUUAGCAAGUGGCCGGAGGUAGCGUUUUUUUCGCAUGUCACCACAGAAGUUAUCCUUGAGUUUUUAAUGGACAUCUUCGUUCGUGAGGGAUACCCUGAAAUUUUGGUUUCGGAUCACGGGCCUCAAUUCGAAGCUCUACAGUUCAAGAAUUUUCUUGCCGAGAGGGGUAUACUGCACCGACAGUCGGCAAUAUACCAUCCUGAAGCAAACGGACAGGUGGAACGCUUCAAUAGAGUUCUGAAGGGCUUCCUCCAAACGAUUUCACUCACUGGGAGGAUUGUGUCGCUAGAUGUGAAGGCGUUCCUGGGGAUCUACAGGGCUACGCCUCACGCAGCAACGGGGUUAUCGCCAUCAGAGCUGCUACAUCAGAGGCGCAUGAAAUCAAAACUCGACGUAGCCGGAUUCCCGAACCUGGACAAAGAUAUUCAGAGGGAAAUGGCUUCGCUACGUGAGCGUAUCAAGAAGUAUCAGGAAAAGACUAAAGCUUAUUUCGACGAACGCCACCGGGUGAGGACCCCUAAGUUCCAGCCGGGAGACUAUGUACGCGUCCAUCUACCCGGUCACCGUCCGAAAGGAUCCCGGGCGUAUGGUCCGCCCAUCGCCAUACAAGAGCAAGUGGGACUCAGCACGUUUGUCUUGGCGGAUGGGACAGUGCGCAACGCGUCUAGACUAGCUGCAUCCGAAAUUGGACAACAGCCUGUCAACUCAGGGUUACCUACCCAAACAAACGCCACCCUUAGGCGUUCGGAAAGGACACGGAAACCACCGGAUCGCUUCCGACCAUAA